AUGGGGAAGUUACGAGUUUUGUUGAUAAUGGGCGUCAUCUGUGCGUGUACCUGCGGCGGACGAACGGAAUGCGGAAAUCAGGCACAGAUCUCGUUGCUGACAAGCAUUCACGAUGAUCCGUCCUGCAGGAAGCUGUCCGCUAGAGGAGUGCUGCUCUACGAAGCCGCGAAACUACUCGCGGAAAUCCACAACAACAAAACGAGUGGUUACGACAUCGAACUGACUGUUCUGGACACGUGCGGCAGCAUAAUUGGCGCUCUGAAAGCAGCGAUGAAAGCUCUCGUGGCGGCAGACACGAACUGUUUGCAACCACCUUACUACUUAGGUAACCGCCUUGCAACCAUUCCUUGGAGGAAUCACAUCGGCCCCAAUGAGAACUUCCCUGCUUGUUACUCUGUUAGGAAAAAUUUGCGAGGAAAACAUUUCAUACGAUUUUCUGUGCCAGGGGACAUUGAAGAUCGUGGAAGAAUUGAAAUGGAAAUCAUUCUCACUGGUGGUAAACGCGGAUGAAGAUGGGGAAGACGACGCUCAAAACAUUGCCAAAAAGUUAACAAUAGCAGCCAUUCAGAAAGGUCUUUGCGUGUUGAUUGACGAUGGCGAUCAAGACGAUUUAACGUCGCACAUCGUGCAUAUUGGAGCGCCGGAAGACGGAUUCUUCAGCAAAUCGGUGAACGCGACUGUUCUAGUUGUCAGUGAAGGACGCCUCGAGGAACACCUGAAGCACAUCAAUUCAACCAACACUAUACUACUUCUCGAAGACUCCAGAAACGAGUUCCCAGGAUUAGAAGCGAGGGUGGAGAAAUCGAAAUGGUGGACGAGCAAGGAUAAUGACAAAUACGACGCAGAGGAACUGAGGGAAGUCAGGUGGCUCGAGGACGCGAUAAAGGCGUACGCGAAAGCCAAGAAGAAGAAGUGCAAGAGCCAAGUGAAUUCCGUCGACUGGAACAAUGUCCUGUCGAACGUGGUCGCGGAUCACGCGAAGGAAUCUCAAUCGAACACCGCGUCUCUCGAGUUGUUGAUGAAAGCGAAGGCCUCGGAUCUGCAGACUAUAGGCACGAUCGCCGUCGGCAAGAACAAGGUGAGAUUGCAUUGGGGCGACGACGACAACGGGAAAGAGGAUGACAACGAAAAGGACGACGACGACGACGACGACGACAGUGACGACGAGGAUAAGAUGCCGAAAACGUUCAAAAAGCUGAUCAGUAAGGAAAAAGGAACGAAGACUGGCUGCGCUACCACGCCUAAGGAGAUCAAGAUGUUGCACGAGGAUGACGACGAGGCUGCUCAGGUCCUCGUUUCCGAGAUGGAUAACACAGAGUGGUGGACCAUGGUUGGUACAGUGAGCGGUGUCGGCGUUGCCAUGUUCGUCGUCGGGAUUCUAGCAGUUUACGUGGUCUACACAAAUAUUCGUGGUCCAGUGGCGCCGAAGAACGCCCGCAUCGAGAGAGACACCAGUCUGAGAAGAGUUGGCAGCGACAGGGAACCACCUGUUCGUGCCCAACGACAUCCACGCACGUUGCAGAGGAGAGACAGCAACAGAAGCAUCAGAAGCACCAUCUCGGAGAAAAGCGUCUGA